AGACCGUCACAUGACGCUGCGCCUGGCUACUGUCAUACUGGUAUAAAUCCACCUCUGUAUAUUUAGUCAGUCCCUUUCUCCACGCAAAGCAGCCGUGUCUCCAAGUCCAGGCUACAAAGUAGCUUCGACUUCUUCUUCAGUCAUGGCUGACCAGGCUUUUGUGACGUUGGCUACCAAUGACAGCUAUGCUCGUGGAGCCAUGGUUUUGGGCAAGUCCCUGCGCAACCACAAUACUUCCAGAAAACUAGUGGCACUCAUUGGUCCACAAGUGUCAGAACCCUGCCAGUCCGUGCUGAAGAGGAUCUACGAUGAGGUGAGGAUGGUGGACGUGCUGGACAGUGGUGACACGGCACACCUGGCCAUGAUGAAGAGGCCUGACCUGGGCGUUACCUUCACCAAACUCCACUGCUGGACCCUCACACAUUACUCCAAAUGUGUUUUCAUGGAUGCAGACACACUGGUGCUUUCAAAUAUAGAUGAGCUGUUUGACAGAGAAGAAUUGUCAGCUGCUCCCGACCCUGGCUGGCCUGACUGCUUCAACUCUGGUGUGUUUGUUUUUUGUCCUUCGAUGGAGACUUAUGGCAAACUGCUUCAGUAUUGUACAGAACAUGGCAGCUUUGACGGAGGAGACCAAGGUGUUUUGAAUGGUUUCUUCAGCAACUGGGCAACAGCUGACAUAUCAAAACACCUCCCCUUCAUCUACAACCUCAGCAGCAUAGCCAUCUAUACUUACCUUCCAGCAUUCAAGCAAUAUGGUGGCAAUGCCAAGGUGGUCCAUUUCCUAGGGAAGACCAAGCCAUGGAGUUACACAUUUGACCCCAAAGCCAAACGGAUCACAGGGAGUACACAUGAGGCCACUGCACAUCCCACCUUCCUCCUGGACUGGUGGAGCCUUUUCUCCAGUGCCGUGGUGCCCAUGCUACAGGAGCAAUAUGGAGACCAGCCUUUUCACUCCGGAUGUGUGGAGUUCCAGUACAGUGACAUGAUAACUUAUGAGAGUGAACAGGGUGAAAGCUUCCCCUCACAUGCACAAGCACUCCAACCCCAGCUGUCCUCAGAAGAACGGAAGGAGAAAUGGGAGCAAGGUCAGGCAGACUACAUGGGAAUGGACUCGUUUGACAAUAUCAAGAGAAAGCUUGAUACUUUUCUCAAAUAAAGAAGGAAUGAAGCGGGAUAACAACAGAGCACUUGCAGUUUAACAAUCUCACCACAGGUCUUUUGAGAAAAUACAGUAAAACAAGUUGUAUUUUUCCUUCCUACCUGUUUGAGUCUCUCCCUCCACCAGCAAUACCCUCUCCAUACUCCAAAGACAGUGCCAUUUAAAUAGGAAAUUAAAAGUUCAAUAUUAUGAAUGGCUUUAAUUGUCUAUACAAGACUGUCAUUAUUCAGUUUACCCUACCACAGGUAUCUGUUCUGUUACACUGUGAAGAAAGUCUGAAAAUUUUAUUAGAACAUAAAUUAAAUUUUUUGAAGUUACUUGCAUUAAAAGUUUGCAUUUUUUCAUGUCAGUGCUCUUUUUUUGUUUUGUUUUUUUUUUUUUUAAUGGAGAUGGCAACAUGAAUUGAACUGGGCCUUAUGUAUCUGUUACUAACCAUUGCAGUCACUUACAUGUACAUUCUUUUUUCCUUUUUUUUCCUUUUCUUUUUUUUACGAUAAAGUCAUCUAGCAGUCUUCAGAGCAUUAAUAUUGAACAGUCUCUGUUUAACAUAGACAUAAAAACAUGUUUACAGUACUUCUGAUAGUAUGGCAUACAUAUACAUAUAUAUAUAUACUAGAUCCUCAGUGCCUUAGUGUUUUGCGCUCUCUACUGCCAUCAUGCUGUCUGUUCUGGAGUAGCAACUAUUCUAUAGAUGAUCAGGUUUUUAACUUUCUUGUGUUUUACUUGACCAGGAUGUUGGCUGUACCACAACAUCUUUCAUCUGGAAAUAUUAAAAACAUGAAAAAUUU